AGGGACCCACAGCAAGCAGUUGCGUUCCUAAGAAAAAAAAAAAAAGGAAAAUCAAUGUCGAAUUUUCAUUCUCUUCAUCGAAAGGCCAUUAUAAAUUUACCAGAAACGCAGGCCUCAAUCAAUUCAACUCACCACCAUUUUCAAUCUGCUAACCCAACUUCACGACUACUCCACGCCUCCAUCUCUGCUUUGCCCGGCGCCAAUUAACGGUUCAAUUUUCCGCUGUGAAUAUACUUUCAUGCCAAAAUGUAAAUUUGUUAAGCUAUUGAUGAUGUUUUUCAGUUUCAAUGGCAAUUUAUAUGUGGUUCCUUCCCUUUCAGAGGUCGUAUUUGGUGAUUAAGGUUUGAUCACUGAAUCAUCGAUGGCUGAACCUUUAAAGAAGUUGGUUUCAUGUGUUAUCCUUGAUUUGGAUGGCACACUUCUUAACACUGAUGCUGUAGUAAGUGAGGUUUUAAAAGGUUUUUUGGGUAAGUAUGGGAAAAAAUGGGAUGGAAGAGAAGCUCAAAAAAUAGUAGGAAAAACACCAUUGGAAGCUGCUGCAGCUAUUGUGGAAGAAUAUGGCCUUCCUUGUGGAAAGGAUGAAUUUCUACCAGAACUCUAUCCACUAUUUUCUGCUCAGUUAUGCAACAUUAAACCUCUUCCAGGUGCUAAUCGACUACUUAAACAUUUGAGUGCUCAUGGCGUGCCUAUGGCUUUAGCAUCAAACUCUCCAAGGGGAAACAUAGAAUCCAAAAUUUCUUAUCACCAAGGUUGGAAGGAUUCCUUCUCUGUAAUUGUUGGCGGUGAUGAAGUGACUGCAGGGAAGCCAAGUCCUGAAAUAUUUCUGGAAGCAGCUAAAAGGCUAAAUACAGAACCUUCAAGCGGCCUGGUAAUUGAAGAUUCUAUACCAGGUGUUACAGCUGGUAAGGCUGCCGGAAUGGAAGUAGUUGCUGUGCCAUCUGUUCCAAAACAAGCUCAUCUUUACACCUCAGCAGAUGAAGUGAUCAACUCUCUCUUUGAUUUGCAACCUGAAAAGUGGGGCUUACCUCCAUUUCAAGAUUGGAUAGAGAGAACUUUGCCAACAGAAGCUUGUUGUAUUGGUGGUCCCGUCAUUAAGGGAUUUGGUCGUGGCUCAAAAGUCCUUGGAAUCCCUACAGCCAAUUUGUCAACAGAAGGUUAUGCAAGUCUCCUUUCGGAACAUCCUUCAGGUGUAUAUUUUGGUUGGGCUGGAUUAUCCACAAGAGGUGUUUAUAAAAUGGUCAUGAGUAUUGGUUGGAAUCCAUAUUUCAACAAUGCUGAAAAGACUAUAGAGCCAUGGUUGCUUCAUGAAUUUAAUGAGGACUUCUAUGGUGAGGAAUUGCGUCUUGUCAUAGUUGGCUAUAUACGACCUGAGGUCAAUUUCCCAUCCCUUGAAAGCCUGAUAGCAAAGAUUCACGAGGACAGAGAAAUCGCAGAGGGAGCGCUUGAUCUUCCGAUAUACUCAAAACACAAGGAUGACCCAUAUCUAAAAAGUUCUUUAUAGGAAAUUCAAUCAUUCAUGAUUUACUGGAUUUUCAGGCUUCAUCUGGUUAGAAAGAUACUAAUUGUUAAAUUAUUGUUUCCUUAUUUUGAUAAAAAUGCAAUCCCUAUAAGCACAAUGGACGUGAAGUAAUGCCCAUGAAAGGCAAAAAAGUUGGAAAAGAUAAUUUUUUUCCCUUUUUCUUUUUCUUUUUCAGUCAGUAUAUAUUUAUAUCUGGAAACAAUGAAGAAAUGCAAUUAUUUAUCUUGAUGAGGCUACAAACA